AAAUAUAUUAGGUAUAAAAUUAAGUCCAGUCUCACCACCAAACCAGUCUCUUUCCAAAUUCCAUCGUGUUCACUUCCAAGUCCCCACUUUUUCUUCCAUGAUUCAAACAAUUGUUCAUCUGACCAAUUCAAAAUCAAAGCCCAAAAGAAAAGAAAGAAACAGUCUUUUAAGUUUUGAACUCACCCAUUGAAACUUCUUUUCCUCUGCCCAAAAAGCAAUACAAACAACCCUCCAACGCCCCAUCAUUCCUUGUUCUUCUCCUGGAAUUCCUUCUCCUCCAAUUCUCUCACUCUGAUUUUCUUUUCUCUUUGCCAAAUUCAAAACCCUAGAAAUUCUCUCUCUCCUUCUCUUACCUUUUCUGCAGUCUUUUUACUGUCACUUUUGUUUGAUCAUGCCUUUGUUUUAUACAAACCAAAGGCUGGGGAGAAUCUGUUUUCUUUUAUAAAAAACCAACAUUUUAGGGUUUUGUACUGAUUGAUAAACUGAAUCCAUUUGUCUCUCUGCUUAAGAAUGAUCUGAACUCUUUUUUGUUUUCUUGAUUGCCAAGUAUUAGGUUCUUGCACAAUGUCUGAUGAUAUGUUGAUACAUUUCUCUUCUAACUCUUCUAAUCAAUCAGACCAGUCCUUGCCUACUAAGAUUGCUAAACUCGAAGCUCGCAUGGUGGGUAAGGCUUCUGCUAUCGCCUCCACCCCUGCCCAAUCGCAGCAACAACCCACUUGGUCCUCUGUCUCUUCCGCAGUGAAAUUUGUGCCCUAUAAGGACUCGGCCGAGCAGAUGAGUUCUAGUGAUUCUGAUGAUGAUAAUGGAGGAGAGUUUCUUAUACAAGCAAACACUCAGAAACGCCAAAGAAUACAAGAAGAUGAUAAUUCAUCUGUUUUUGAAAGUCUUGAGAUGGCACAGGCAGUAGCUGAUGGAAAGCAAAAAACUGGGGAAUCCAUAGAGAACAAGACCAGUGUUGAAGCAAAUAGGAGAAAACAAGGGCGUGGGAGGGGGCAUUCUACUUCAGGUAGAGGUCGUGGUUCCAAGGGCAAUGAUCAAAUGAGAUCGCAAAAUUCUGCUUCAACAGCAAUACCUUCAAAUGGUCAGCUUGAAAGCUCAUACCUCAAGGAUAAUAGGCAUAAAGAGAAUUUACGCAAUGAUGAUCACACUUCAUCAGAGGAGGAGGUCACUUCCCUACGUGCAAAAGUUGCAAUGCUAGAGGAGGAACUUCGUAAAUCUCGUCAAGAGGCUGCUGACAAUCACAAUCUGUGCUGUCGAUUAGAAAAGGAACUGAAGGAGCUAAAAGAUUAUGAACAACAAAUGAAGCCAAAGAGAGUGAAAAUGAUAUCUGAUCUACUGAUAUCUGUCUCAAAGGCAAAGAGACAGGAAGCUAGGAUAAAAGUUCGCCAGGAUUCUUUAAGACUUGGCAAUGUAGGCGUGAUAAGAGCUGGAACUGUUAUAUCUGAGACAUGGGAGGAUGGGCAAGUGCUGAAAGAUCUAAAUGCUCAUCUCAGACAAUUGGUGGAAACAAAGGAGGCUGUUGAGAGGCAGCGGAAAUCAUUGAAGAAACGACAAUCUGAUAAGGGAGAUGGAACAGAUGCAGAAUCAGGAGCGCAAGAUGAAGAUUUUAUAAUCCAGGACGAAAUUUUUAAAUCUCGUCUAGCAAGCAUUAAGCGUGAGGAAGAAAUUAUUAUUUGCGUGAGAGAGAUCGUUAAUGGAACUAGAGACGGGACGGCUGAUACUGAAAUGAAACGUAUAAGAGAUGAGGAUGGUUUCCGCUUUAUAAUUUUUCAGAUUUUUGAAAUCACCCGAUAUGCCCUGCUAAACCUCCUUGGGAAAGGAGGAUUUGUGAGGUUUAACAAGGCAUAUGAUUUGGUAGAGAAUAGAAUACGUUGCAUGUAGCUUCAUGUCUGAAAUGCUCAGUGGAGUGAGGAUAAGAAGCAAAGUUACAUAAGGCAUGCUAUACGAAGAAAGUACAAUAUCACAAGACAUUGGUUGCAAAAUUUUACUUUUUUGAUUUUCCUUCAUCUUCCCUUAUCAGGAAAGGAUCUCGAUGCUGUUCUUAAAGCAACACCUAUACUGCCUGAGAGAGAAGCUCGGAUCAUUAUUGUACAAAUAUUUCAAGGCCUUGUAUACUUGAAUAAAAGAACACAGAAGAUUAUCAUUAUGAUCCUGAAGCCUGGAAUGUUCUAUUUGAUGAGCUUGGUGAAAGUUACUGAUUUUGGUCUGAGCAAGAUAGUGGAGGAUGAUGUUGGAUCCCAGGGAAUGGAACUUACAUCCCAGGGAGCUGGAACAUAUUGGUGAGUAAUGUGAAGUCUGCCGUUUGUGAUCACGUUUGGAGAUGUCUGGUCAGCUGGGGUUCUAUUCUACUAAAUGCUCUUUGGCAGACGUCCUUUUGGGCAUGACCAAUCUCAAGAACGAAUAUUGCGUGAAGACACAAUUAUUAAAGCUCGCAGGGUUGAAUUCCCCUCAAAGCCUUCUGUCUCAAAUGAGGCAAAGGAUUUUAUUCGUCGAUGUCUAACGUAUAACCAAACUGAAAGACCAGAUGUUCUAACUGUUGCUCAAGAUCCGUAUCUUACAUACUCAAAGAAGUAGUGUACAAAGACAGAGAAGCAGGCUCGCAUGGGGCAGGAAGGUGGGUAGCUUCAAACUUGGAAAGCAAUUUGUUGCAAGAUCAACUUGGAAUUUUGUAUAGACUGUAAAGGUUUUCUAACUUUUUUUUUCCCUGGUUUUUCAGGCCAAGAGUUUAGUGCCCCUCUUUCUUUUGAGUAAA